CAAGUUUUUAAUAAGUUUUAUGUGGUUCGGUUUUUAGUUAUCUAGUCAUGAAUAAUUGUCUCAAGUUUGUAUAUGACCAAUGGUACAUCUUUCUCUAUUUUUGUCAAACUAUUCUUUCUUGAGGAAUUUUAUAUUUUCAUUUUCUUGUUUAAUGAAUCUUACAAGCUAGAAACAAAACCAGUUGCAUCUAUAUGUCUGAACUAAGUGCAUACCAACUUAUUCGAAACACGUUUUAUAUUGACUUUCUUUGUUUUUCAAACACGUUAGUUAUAGGUAUUGGUGACUGUAACAAUCAUCAUGAUGGUAGAUCAAAGACAAGGAAAAGGUGAAUACAUUCAGUGGAGACCAGAAGAGAGCAAAUUGUUGAUUGAGCUAGUAGCAAGCUGCUUCAAGGAGGGAUGGGUUGAUCCCAAUGGAAAAAUGUUCAAGAAAACCGUUGAGACAAAGAUACUUUCAGUUCUUAACGAAAAAUUUAAUAGCAGGAAGACUUAUAAGAAUUUUAUUAACCGAAUGAAGAUAUUGAAGAACCAAUACCGAGAUUUUGUCAACCUUCUGCAUUUUGAUUCUAAGGUUCAAUGGAAUCCAAUCACAAAGAAGUUCACUGCUCCUGAUGAAGUGUGGACUGCUUACCUUAGAGAUUUUCCUAAUCAAAGACAUGUACGUAACGAGACAUAUGAAGAAUAUGAGAAUAUGAAGCUAGUAUUUGGGGGAAUGAGAAGAUUUGAGAGAUUACAUUCUCAACCAUCGAAAGUGAGAACGAACGAGAUAAUGAAACAAGAAGUGGAUCUAACUAAUGAUGAUGACGACGUUCAUGAAAUCCGUGAAACCGAAACUGAUGUAUUUGGUGAUUCAUCAGACUAUGCAUCCGUCAAAGACAAGAAUCUUUUGGCAAAGAUUUGCACAGAGCUAAGAUCAGUUGAGUCGGCCACUAAACAGAUGAUUCACAUAAUGCAAGGAAGAUCAAUGGUUGACGAAAACAAGAAGAUCAAUGUUUGGGAGGCUAUCAAAGAGAUUCCUAAUUUAUCCAACCAUGUCCAAUACAAAGCUCUUUCCAUGAUUCAAAAGCUUGAAAUGAGAGACAUAUUUGUUAGUAUGUCUGUUGAAGAUCGUCUUGGUUGGAUUCAGUGGAAUACCCAACCAAAAACUUAACUCCAAGCUACAUGCAUCAAUUUGGUUUCUGUAUUUCCAUCGUUGAAUAUGAUUAGUAUUUUUUUCAAUAAACUGGUUAGAUU